AUGGACACUGUUUCUCACUAUUUCACAGUGCUAAUGAUUAUCUGCACGAUGAUAGGUAUGGUACUCUUCAACGCAUCACCCAUUUGGGACAACGUGGUGAACGGAGCAUACACCAAGAAGCGGCAUGAGAACAUAACACUACGUUUUUCAGUCCUGUACGAAUACCCUGGCUUCAAACCAGAAGAUCAUUUCAUAAUCACUACGAUUUUAAACUUUUAUUUUUCCUACGCCUGCACUAUAUGCAUCUGUGCAUUCGAUUUGAUGCUCGUACUUAUGGUCUUUCAAAUAAUCGGCCAUAUUGAAGUAUUGUGCAGGAACCUCGAUGACUAUCCGCUGCCUAAAUAUGUUGUUAACUUUGAAAUUGAAACAAAUGGACUACGACUGAAGCUAUCCUUUGAAAAUUAUAACGCAUACGAGAACGAUUUUAUACACCAUCUCCUCAAAGAGAGUAUCAAUCAUCACAGAUUUAUUUUAGGUUUGUUACUCUUGGAAUGUUCGCAACUGGAUUCGCAGGCGCUAGCACGCUUCGGUCCAUUGACACUGAUAUCUAUGGCGCAACUUAUUGAAAUAUCAGUUAUUUUUGAAGUUGUUGGCUCCAUGAGUGAGAAACUAAUAGACAACGUUUACAACUUACCCUGGCAGUACAUGAACCUGAAGAACCAACGUACAAUGUUUAUCUUCUUCAACAACGUUCAGAGGACCAUGCACGUUACCUGCAUGGGAAUCACCCCCAUUGGGGUGCAGAGUAUGGCUGCUAUUUUGAAAACGAGCUUUUCAUAUUUUACAUUUCUUCGAUCGAUGGAUGCUUAG